CUUGGUCUACACAUUACGGACACAAUCGCAUUAUUUCACUGUUUCUUGCUAAACGUAAAAAGCAGUUGAAGUGAAUUCAGUAAACUAAUGAACUUAUACCGCCAGGCAGAGUGCAAAUACUGCUUUCAAGAAUAGAAAGAGGAAUAUAUUACACGUUUCAGUGAGUUCAUAUUAUGCAUAAUCGAUUAAAAUACCUUCGAGCCAACACAGGACAGCAUUACAUUGAAACGUUGGCAGAUAAAAUGAAUGUCGAUCAAAUUAAAGUUAGCGCGUAACAGGUGCUUCUGGUAAUCACCGCUGAUACUAGAUUUCAAACUGAGAGAUGGCCAUUUUUAUAUUCUUCCUCUUCUUUUUGCAAAGAGCAAACUCGAAAAGUUCUGGAAAUUGCACAAAACCAAAUAAUUGCAGCUCUUCAGUACCUAUUUUUUUCCCGGACAAUCCCAAAUCUUCUACCGAUAACGUUGUACCAAGUAAUAUCUCGCUUUCAUGUUCAGUAAUAGAAGCACAAAGCGUCUCUUGGAUACGCAACAACUCUGAUAUGGACACUGUGCACUUACAAGGAAGAUUGAAUUCACCAUCUACUUCAUUUUAUAUUACAUCUACUUUGAGUGAUUCGCCUCCGAUUGACAAGUUUCCUUAUUAUUACCAAUGCAUUGCAUACGGACGUUGCUGUGAGACAAAAUUAUCAAGAAGUAUAAGAAUUGCAAACGACAUUCCGUUACCAUUUAAAAUUAUUCAAAUAAAAUUCGAUGAAAGACUGAUAUCAUACUCUGGUUAUGGAAAAGUUAUUGUCUUAUGCCGCGGUGAAGGAAACAAUUUGACCAGCGUCUAUUGGAUACAAGUGCAAAAAAAUGGUACUUUUUUAAGGCUAAAUAGCACAAAAUUUGAUUACCACGAGCCAGGAAUUUGGAGUUCCGAACUAAUACAUGUACCCUUCGCAGCCGCGGAUAAUGAGCUGUUAAAAUACAGAUGUGUCGUUAAAAACAAAUGUUGCCAAAAUGCAUCGUUGGAAAAAGAUGUAACAAUUCAAUAUAUAAGAACGACAACUUGUCAGAACUUGUUGCCAAAUGUUCUAAAGCCUGUUGACUUCUUUGUCCAGCCAAGAAAGCGUUCAGUAGAUAUUAUGUGGACAUAUAAUAAAGAUCCUGAAGACACUGCAUUGGAAUUACAAUUUGAAAACCGCACUUGGAACGAAUUCAAUUUCAGCAUUUCUAAAUUUGCUGUUGAUGGUUUAGUGCCAAACAGGAGAUAUUCAUGGUAUCAUCGGGUGGCGUACAAUACGACGACAGGAAUACCCUGUAAAACAUUUACUUAUGGAAGAUCAUUUGACACUUUACCGGACGUCCCCGGAAUUCCUCGAGACCUUUCAAUACAGACUUUUCCAACCAGUUUUCAUGUUCGAUGGCUUCCUCCUAUCAGACGUAAUGACAAUGGUCAUAUAUAUUACAUACUUUCAUGGAAGAAAGUCGACGAAGCUAAUUACACUGAAUUGAAUACUUCUACAAAUAUUUCUUACCGGUUAAUGAGCUUAGAUAGAGUUACAAAAUACUCAAUAAAAGUUAAAGCUGUCAAUAAUGUUGGUCCUGGUAAUGACACGAUUGCGACAAUUGUUUCAACUUAUUUUGUACCUGGAAAAAGUCGUACAAAUACUGGUGUUAUUGUAGGCUCACUUAUGGCAGCAGUGGCCUUAAGUGUCGUUGCUCUUGCAGUGUUUUUUGUGCUAAAAAGAAAAACUGAUAAAGAUCAACUCGCCCAAUCUGUAAAGGAUUGGGAAAAUUCUCGCCACUUCAAUAGGCAGAGCAACGAUACCUUACAAAAUGAAAGGUCAGAAAAUAAAGCUGCACAACUUUCAGUGAAUCCAGAUUUAUUUUAUUCUGAAAAUUCACCAGAGCUUUCUUACAUCGUUUUACUGCAAGAUUGGGAAAUUUCCCCUGAGAAUUUGAAGAUCCUAGAUGAGAAACUAGGGGGAGGACAAUUUGGUAUCGUCAUGAAAGGAAUGCUGCUUUCUGGAAAAGGAGAUUCAGAAAUCGUGGCGGUUAAAACUUUAAAAGCAAAUGCAACGGAAUCCGAUUUGGAAGAUUUAAUGUCAGAGUUGGCUCUUCUUAGAGAAGUUAACAAAGUAGCGCAUCCCAACGUUAUACGACUAAUCGGUGGAAGUUCAAUUGGAGGUAAACUCCAUGUUGUGACUGAAUUCUGUUCUGGUGGAUCUCUCUUAAAAGUGCUUAUUAAUAGCAGAGUUGGAACAACUAAAGAGUCGUCUUCGACAUACGUUAACUUACAGUCAACUUUGAAUCAUCGCCAAUUAUUGAAAAUUGCAGCUGACGUUUCCGAUGGAAUGAUACACUUAGCUUCCCUUUAUGUUGUUCAUCGCGAUCUUGCUGCCAGAAAUAUUCUUAUUGGGGACGAUAACAUGGCCAAAGUUUCUGAUCUUGGUUUGGCCAGGGAUGUUGGUGGAGCAGAGGAAUACAUUCGAAACAAUCAAAAUCUUCUACCUGUAAAAUGGAUGGCAUUGGAAAGUCUUAUUCAUGGCCGAUUCACCACUGCCAGCGAUGUAUGGAGCUAUGGAGUCCUUCUGUUUGAAAUAACAACGCUUGGAGAGGAACCGUACAAAAACAUAUCCCCAUAUCACAUUGUCAAUCAUGUUGGAUCUGGUGCUCGUAUGCCUAAACCACCGUCCUGCUCUAAUGAGAUUUAUGAAAUAAUGUCAAGAUGUUGGAAAGUUGAAUCAUCGAACAGGCCGACUUUUGAAGAAAUUUAUAAAUCUCUACAGGAUAUGCUUGUCGAUAGUCAGAAAUCGUAUAUAAACGUUACGCAAAUUCUCGACGAAGGGGACUUGUCAACAACAAAUGAUGGCAGAAUCAUACCAUUAGAUAAAGUAAGAGAUGGAUCGGUUCGAUACAUGAAUUCGUAAGCCAAAGGCCAACGGACACGUACAUUUAAUUUACUAAUACAUAUUUCUUUGAUAUUUGAAUAAUAUCACGUACAUAAGCAUGCUAACAUAAAAAAUUUCACUGGAAAAUAUUAUAAAAAGUAGCAGGACAACUUAAAGACCUUCCAAAGUUGAAUGUUGUUUGGGUUGUUUGUUAGAUUAUAAUACAUUUGGUUAAAAAUUUC